GAUGUUUGGUAAACUCGAUCCAUAAAAAAUAGGAUAGAGCGCAGAGGAAAAGGCAACGAAGCAUCUCCACUUUCUCCAACCUUCCCGGCUUUAAUUGCCGAGAGAGAGAUAGACAGCUACAGAGAGAGAGAGAGAGAGAGAGAGAGGGAGGGAGAUCAUAUGGAUAUUAGAAAAAUAGAGAUCAAUUAUUAGCAGAAGGAUUUCUACCAAUCCUUUCCCCUCUUUUUACCUUUCUCUGAUCAUCUUCCUUCAAAGAAAAUGCAGUCCAUGCUUAACCUCCAGGGAAGCUACGGCCUUCCUCUUUCUGUUUCUGGGAUCACCCAUCAUCUCCCUCUCUCUAAAGAGAUGGUAGAUCAUGAUCGCAGGAGGGAAGCUAUAAAGAAACAAAGAUCACAAGCCAGAGAGUGUUUGCAUGCAAAUCAAGAACUGGGUUCUGAAAGAGGGACUAGUGACUUCCAAGAAGAAGGUGAGUUGGAUGAAGAUCUAGCAAGUGUUUUGCAAGAUCUAUCUUGUUCCCUGAGUUGUACAGCUAAAGCUGCUUAGCUUGUUUUAGAAUUAAUACUAAAUUAAUUAAUUAUUGUAUGCUCUUUAUAUGGUUUUCCUAGGAUUCUAAUUCUAUAGCUUCUUCAUAGUACUGUAUAGUCAAUUAAUUAUUAUGUAAUUUUGUUUGAAUUGGCAAUAUUCUUAUUUCUUUCUGA